ACGACACUUGGAAUAGUUCUAUUACAUAAAAUGAUGGAAGGAGUAGCUCAGUUAGAUUUGGGAUAGGCAUACUUCCGAUAGCCGGUGACUCUUUUGCAUAAAGCUUCUAAUGUUAAUUCAUCUGCCGCCACAAUAGGUAGCUUUUUUUUCUGCCCACCACAAUUACUGCAGAGCAUGUCAGGCAGAUUUUUAUCGAAAUGCGUCAAGCAGCUAGGUGGAGUCAAACAUUUCACGUCAGUCCACGCUCGUGUACCUCGCAAGGUUAACGCUGUAGCGAGUGUUUCUCGUGUACCUCUAUACAUACAAUCAAGAACCCUAACAAGUACCAUGCCGCUGUGGUCUCAAGGAAUGGUUGAUUCAGAUAUAACGCAUGCCUUGGAUGAAGAAUUGUCGUACCAAAAGCCAGAAGAUCCUACGGAAGACCUGAAGCCUUUGCAAGAGUUCUUGUCGAAGAGCAAGUUUGAGCUAAAAGACAAGGAAGGAUCGGACGAAAUCACACUUUCCAAAAAAGAUGGUGAUGAGGAGAUAACGGUCAUAUUUUCACUUUCCUCAAUGUUAACUGAAGAGACGAGCUUGGACGAUAUCAUUAUCAGUGGUAAUGGAAACCAGCAGAUGGAGGAGUUAGAUAUGGAUGAAAGUGAACUGAUGUCUACCGCUGUUCGAAUCGCUGUAACGAAGAAGGACAAAGGAACACUGGCGUUUGACGUGGUAGCCAAAGAAGACUCUAUAGCCAUUAUCAAUGUGGAUUAUCAUGAGAAUCGGUCGUAUGUUCUACCAGAAUCAGCUUAUCAGUAUCGAAGAGGCCGCCGAAGCUAUUUGAGCCCCAACUACCUUGCUCUAGACGUUGGUAUUCAAGAUUCGUUUCAGAACUAUCUAGCGGAGAAAGUGCUGGAUACCGAGCUAUUACAAUUUAUAUGCGAUUAUACCCAGCUCAAGCGUCGACGCGAGUACAAUCUGUGGCUGAAAAAUCGCAACUCGUUUGAACCAUUACCCUCCCAUUUACUCUGGCAGACAUAAUAAACUUUUCAUCUUGAAAGGACUCAGUCCUCUUCUAUUAAAACACUUUUGGAAUUGUUAUCUAUACAAGUCAAGAAAAGGAAAAAAAAAUAAAGUGGAGAGUAUUCGAAGGUG